GACGAAUGGUAAAAGACCAAUACAGGAAGUGUUUCUGUCAGACAAGUGACACAACGUGAAAGUCAAGACAAAGCAAAACCCUCAAAAAUACAAUUUAAUACUUUAUUUAUGGUGUAUUCAAGUUGUCGGGACAUGUUGUUCUUUUGGCGGUUUUAGCGCCUCAAAGAGCCGCGUUCACGACGAUGUUGCAGGCUGGAGCUAAAACGCUUUCCGUGUCCCGGGGAAUCUCGCUCGGUAUCCGACAACACUGUAACAAGACCCCGGGCAGACUAACAGGUUCUCGGGGCAUAUCGCUUGUUAGUAUCCGCCGUGUCUGGGACAAGACCCCGGGCCAGCUAACGGUGUCCGGAGCCGUCUCAGGUGAACAGUUAGGAGCAAAAGUCAAAGUACAGGGAUGGGUUCGCUCUGUUCGAGCUCAGAAGGCGAAUCUCUUCCUGCACGUGAAUGAUGGGAGCUCCCUGCAGUCGCUGCAGGUCGUCGCCAGUUCAGAGCUGAAUGAUCCGCUGCUCACAUUUGGUAGUGCUGUCGAAGUCACAGGUACUCUAAGGAAGAGUCCACACCACAAUCAGCCAGUUGAACUGGAAGCGCAACAAAUCCAUGUCGUUGGACAAUGUAACCCUGUGGAUUUUCCCUUCAAAAUCAAAGAGAGACACAGCCUCGAGUACAUUCGCCAGUUUCCUCAUCUCAGGUGUAGAACCAAUGCAUUCAGCUCCCUGUUGAGGAUACGCAGUGAGGCCACUACUGCCUUUCACUCAUAUUUUAAGGAAAAUGGCUUUGUGCAGAUUCACACUCCAGUCAUCACCUCAAAUGACUGUGAAGGGGCCGGGGAGCUCUUUCAGGUUGAGCCGUCGGGCCCAGACAAUGAGGAAGAGGAGAACUUUUUCUCCGUCCCAGCCUUCCUGUCUGUUUCUGGUCAGCUUCAUUUGGAAGUGAUGUCAGGGGCUUUUUCUAGAGUUUACUCAUUCGGGCCAACUUUUCGUGCAGAGAACUCCCAAAGCAGACGCCACCUGGCUGAGUUUUACAUGGUGGAGGCCGAGGUCUCCUUCACACAGUCCUUAGAGGAUCUCACCAAGGUCAUGGAGGACAUGUUCAGAUCUGCCACGGAGCAUGUCUUGGCUCACUGUGCCGAGGACGUGGAUUUGUUUCACAAGCAUGUGACUCCUGGACACCGGGUCACUGUAGAAGCUAUGCUGAAGAAGAGAUUCCCUACGAUUACCUACAGUGAAGCUAUAGACAUCCUAAACCGCAGCUCUGAGAAUUUUGCCUUCCCAACAGACUGGGGUUGUGACCUGCAGACAGAACAUGAGAAGUACCUGGUGAAACAUUGUGGCAACGUUCCAGUCUUUGUCACUGAUUAUCCCUACGAUCUCAAGCCCUUUUACGCAAGAGACAACCAGGAUCACUCUGAGCAUACAGCAGCUGCAGUGGACCUUCUGGUGCCAGGAGUCGGAGAGCUGUGUGGGGGCUCGCUGAGAGAGGAGAGGCUGGAUCUGCUGAGGGCUCGGCUGGAAGAGGCUGGAUUAGAAGACACCUACAGCUGGUAUCUGGAUCUGAGGCGUUUUGGCUCCGUCCCUCACGGUGGCUUUGGACUGGGAUUUGAGCGAUAUUUGCAAUGCAUUCUGGGUGUUGACAACAUAAAAGACGUGAUUCCUUUCCCUAGAUUUUCUCAUUCUUGUCUUCUAUAAAACACUAGUAGUAGAUCCUUUUUUAAGUCUGUAUUUACUGUCUCUCAAACAUCAAAUAAAUAUGAUGCUCAACAUUG